AUGGACGCUGAGGCCUACCUCAAACGCCACGGCUGGUCUGGCCCCGGCAACCCACUGAACAAAAACUCCCGCCCAGGACCGCACGGUGGUCUGGGUCUAACACGCCCUAUUCUUGUUGCGCGCAAGCAGAACAACCACGGCGUCGGAAAGAAAGUGACCAAAGACUCUGCGACAAAUCAAUGGUGGCUGCGGGGAUUUGAAGAUGCGUUGAAGGGCGUAGGCGAAGAGAAGCCUGCUACGGCAGUAUCAACAGCGAAUGCGCUUACCAGUGAACUAUACCGAUUCUUUGUGCGAGGAGAGGGUCUGGCCGGGACACUCAAUGACGCAAAACCAUCAAAGCCGAAGUCCUCAAAGCCGAAAAGGAAACGCGAUGACGAUGAUGAGGACGACCGCAAGGCCAGAAAGGAAGAGAAGGCUGCUCGGAAGGAAAAGAAAGAGGAGAAGCGCAAGCGGCGAAAGAUGAAGGAGGAGACUGAGACCGGUUCUGCUUUCAGUGAUUCUUCCGAGGAAGAUAAGCGGAAGGAGAAGGAGAGCAGUGAGGAGCGCCGGGCAAGACGCAAGGAGAAGAAAGAGAAGAAGCUGAAACGGCCUGCCGAGGAAGACUAUCCCACACCUAUGUCGACGGAACAAGAGCAGGACCUAGAUGUCGCCGAAUCAGCAGUCCAAACAACGGACAAGAAGAACAAGGAUAAGGAGAAGAAGAGCAGCAAAAAGAUUAAGAGCAGCGACGGUAACCAAGAAAUAGACGGAAAGAAAUCUAAGAAGGAAAAGAAGGAAAAGAAAGAAAAGAAGUCCAAGAGCACCUGA